AUGGCCUUUGGAUCUGCUCGUUCACCAAAUGGUUCACAACCAAUUCUAUUGGGUGCUUCACAGCGUCACAGAAGACACAGCCGGCAAAAUACAGAAACUUCAGAGGAUGGUAUCAAAAUUCUUAAGUGGACUGCAACAGCUGUGGUAACUCUGACAAUUGUUAUGGGUUUCACAUGUACAAAGCUUUACAUCAGUUCUGCUCCUGAAUUAAGCAUCACAGGUUUGGUCAAAACAGCAGCAUUCACGGUUUUUAUGCUGUGCAACACCGUUCCAAUGCUUUGUUCUGUUGAAUUUUUGAUUGAGAUUAUCAGGUCACAGCAUCUGAGUAAUGUUCUUUUCGUACGGCAAACUAACCUAAAUGCUAUGGCAAUUGUCAUUAUGGCCUUUGUGUCUACGUUGGUUGCCUUUAUGGUUGGAGUUUGUCUUGUCUUGAUCCUUCGUCUGUGA